AUGGCAGCAGCCCCGGACGACCCCUGCCUCUCGGAGCUCUCCGGAUUCCCCAACAGGAACAUCAGCCUCAUCUCCGGUACCCGUCCUUGCAACCGGAGCACCGCUGGCAGACCCUCGCCAUACAGCCCGCAGGCGACCGCCAGCUUCGCCAUUUCCAUCACCUCCAUGAUGCUCCUCACCAUCGUCGGGAACAUCCUGGUCAUCAUCGCCGUCCUGACGUCACGGUCGCUCAAAGGCCCCCAGAACCUCUUCCUGGUGUCGCUGGCGGCGGCGGAUAUUCUGGUCGCCACGCUGAUCAUCCCGUUCUCGUUAGCCAACGAGCUGCAGGGCUACUGGGCGUUCAGCUCCGUCUGGUGUGAAAUCUACCUGGCGCUGGACGUCCUCUUCUGCACGUCCUCCAUUGUGCACCUGUGCGCGAUAGCACUGGACCGCUACCUGUCGAUCUCCCGGCCCGUGACGUACGGCGCCAAACGAACCCCGUCGCGAAUCAAGGCGGCUAUCAUUGUGGUCUGGCUGAUCUCCGCCGUCAUCUCCUUCCCGCCUCUUCUCUCUCUGGACAAGAGCGAGGGAGGCGAGGAGGUCUGCGAGCUGAACAACGAGCGCUGGUACAUUCUCUACUCCACCAUCGGGUCCUUCUUCGCCCCCUGUGUGAUUAUGAUCCUGGUGUACGUGAGGAUUUAUCAGAUCGCGAAGCAGCACACUCGGAGCUCGUCAGGACAGAAGCAGAACGCUGCGGCGGCGGCGGGAGGAACAGAUGAGCGUCCGGCGAAGAUAUCCGAGCAGAACGGCGAUCGAGGAGGUAGCCAGUGGGAAAAAGUCCAAACAAAAGUCUCUGGAUCUGAUUCCAACCAGUCGUCUCUUCGAAACCCUCCAGAGAAUAGGCCCAUCCAAGACACUUCCUCCCCCUCAAUCCCCCAAAUCCCUUCAGCUGUUCCCCACAAAGAGUCCCAGAAACAUCCUGACGAAGCGGCAGAAGCGUCGCUCGAGAACUCGUCCAACUCUGGUUCCGAAAGGGCCGAUGAAGACAAAGACAAAGUGGACAAAUCGGACACUUUGGGAUCGUCCCAAAAGAAAGGGUUCAAAGUCAAGAUGCUUAACCUGUCGUCCCGGUACAAAGAGACAAUGGCCACUUCUUCUUCUGGCACCAAAGUUGUAUCCGAGGAAAAGGUCCAGGGGACGCCGACGUCUCGCCGCAAAGCCAUGGCGAACCGGGAGAAGCGCUUCACCUUCGUCCUGGCCGUGGUGAUGGGAGGCUUCGUGAUCUGCUGGUUCCCGUUCUUCUUCUCUUACUCUCUAAAGGCGGUGUGCCCGGAAACCUGCAGAAUCCCAGACCCUUUGUUCAAGUUCUUCUUCUGGAUCGGAUACUGCAACUCCUGCCUCAACCCGGUCAUCUACACCAUCUUCAACCACGACUUCAGGAAGGCCUUCAAGAGGAUACUGUGCAGGGACACCAAGGGCACCUUCUUCUAGACGGGGAAUCAGGAUUUCUAAAUGAAGGACUAAUGAACUUCUGCAGUCGAUCGGGAUUGACCUUCUUUAUGAUAGAUAUAAAAACUUGCAGACCAUUUACAUGCACUAAAACCAACACGAGAGGGAACACCACAGAAAGCAGAAUAGGGACUCUGCUUUAAGUAAAUGUAGUAGUAUGUUUUAUAUUUUAAAAUCAUCUGAAUUUAUUUUCCUCACAGUUAUCCCUUCCAACCUUUUUUAACAUAUUCUCCACAUAUUUUUGAACUUGUUUUUUUUUUAACCUGGUCAUUUACCCCAUCUUCAACCCCGACUUCAGGAAGGCCGUAGAGAGGAUUGUGUGCAGGGAAUUGAAUGAUUUAUUUACUUCAGGAGGGAUUGAUCUUCUUCAUCAUAGACAUAAACACUUGUACAUUAAGGAGGAGGAAAUUGUCUCUCCUCCUCGUCUGAAGGCUGUUAGCUGAGUUGGAGUAACAGCGACAAAGAGGGGAGAUUUCUGAAAGCUGCAGUCAAGUGGCCGAAUCAAUUAUCUUUAAUGUUGUUUAAGAAUACGCUGUAAUUGAAUAUUCAAUGACUCUGAAGAACGAUGAUUUGAUUAUGUUUUGAAGCGGAAGUCAAGAGGAUACAGGGUCUGUGUUCAGCAAUUUAAAGUGCAAAUGAUGUGUUUCUGUUUGUGUGUGUGUGUGUGUGUGUGUGUGUGUAUGUGUGUGUGUGUGUGUGUGUGUGUGUGUGUGUGUAUAAAGAGGGUGGUUGCCUAAGGGUCUUACUGGCAGAACAAAUAUCACUAAGUGUCCUUUAUCUCAGAUAAAACGGGCACUCAAGGAACAGACGAGCAGGGAAACUGUGAGCAUCCUCCUCUCGGUGCCUUUUUCCCUCCUCUGUUUCCUCCGUUAUGUAAAGCUGAAACGUGGGAAGUGUAAGUUAAGACAGAUAGAUGUUUUAUUCCCACGUCUCUGUGAUGCUACACCUCUCUCUGGUAGUUUCUCAUUAAGGGGAUGUAGCCCGAGGGAGAAAGAUGAGCUGGAGAAUCUGCGCAGGCUGCAGGAAACAUGGACGCGUUACGUGUGAAGCUUCCCCCUUUACUUUCAUCCUUAUAUUCAGCCCUCUUAAGUCAAAAUGCAAGUGUAAGGCAGUGCAAAGUAGUGUGUUCACGUACCUAAGUACGACUUUGAGGUACUUAUCUUCAUGCUUUUUUAAUUUAUGCGACUUAAGCUGGAAAAUGUACUGCACAACAUGACAUUUAGUUAGGCUUUUUCAGGUGGUUUUGAAUGUUUCUUCCCCUCCUGCGGAAGCUAAAGGCAGUCUCUAAAAAGCCUCUUGGAUCAGCUGGGAAAUGCAUCGUCACAGGGCUGUUGUUCUGAGAAUCUUGUAUAGAAUAUGAUGCAUUGCUGCAGAUUGAAGUAGCCAACAGAUUAUAAAAGAAAGUAGUCAGAAUGAGCACAACCUCAAACUGCAGUAAAAUGCUAAACGAAUGUCCCAAAAAUAUGUAAGAAUGUCUGAAAAAAGGCCAAAAAAUCUGGGAGAUGUAUGUGCAAAAUGUCCAAAAGGAAUAUGUAGGUAGUAGUAUAAUAAAUAUUAAUGGAAUAUGAUGCAUAGCCACAGAUACAAUAAGCCAAAAAGGAGAUAGAAAUGCAACAUAACGCAGCUGUGAUACUCAUCGUAACUUCAGAUCAAAUAUAAAACCUUCGACUGCACAAUCAGAACUUUCACUUUAUUCACAUUAUUUGCACGAUCAAUGAUUUAUUUGCAAUAUUUAAUGAGACAGUGAGCUUCAUAACCUCUUCAUCGUGCUCCCUGCUGAAGCAAUAGACAGAAUCUGAACCCUGCACUGACCCGACGAUGAGCAGAAUCCCUGAUGGUGUGUGUGUGUGUGUGUGUGUGUGUGUGUGUGUGUGUGUGUGUGUGUGUGUGUGUGUGUGUGUGUGUUUGUGUGUUUGCAGUUGCACUUCUUUUAUCUGUCUGAAAGCCGAUGGAAAUUAGCUGGAGUGAAUUAUCCCGUACUGUAAACACGCUCUGCUGUUGGACUUUGCUUUUGUACAGUAUUAGCCUCUUAGCAUUAUUAGCUUCAAAAGAUACACUUCGUAUUGUUUUAAAGUCCAACUGAAAUUAAAUUGCAUGUUUCUUUUUCUGCUGAAGUCAAACCCUCUGCUCUGUUGCUAGGCAGGUUUCACCCCUAAUGUGCUAGCAUGCUAACAUUUGCUAAUUAUCAGUAAAGAAAAGUCCUAAAAGGCUAAUGAAAAUGCAGAUAUUGGUCAUAAACAACAGCAUCGGACACUUUAAAAUGUUGGUGCACUAUUAAACCUAAGUUAUUAUUAAUAAUCCUGAAGAAAUCUAACAAAAAGUGGUUGAUUUCCUGUGUCUUUGUCCAAAUAACCAAUAUAUUAGCCUAACGUACUCAUAGGAUACUUGGGAAUUACAGCCAUUUUAAGUAUGGAUAAAAACAAAAAGGUACCAAAAAAAGAAUCUAAGAUGUAAAACUGUGAAGGAGCUCAAAUGUAGGGAUAAAAAAUACAUAUUAAAUAUAAAUUAAUAUUGGUUUGGGACAGGUGCAUACAUGUAGAAAUUGCAAGGUGAUUAAACUACAGGGAUGUCGAGAAUGUGUAUAAAUAUAUCAUGUCAGGGUUUUGUAAUUUCAGCUGGACUUUAACUUUAGAAUAUUUAGGAUUAUUGCCUUGUUUCUACUUGUGUAUCUUCGGUUUCCGCUUCUGUGU